AUGGAUGAAACCAAACUGUUUCCUCGUCUGUAUUACUUUUUCAAAACUGUCACGCAGGAUAAAGGAUCAUUUAAACAGAGUAAAGAAGUCAAGAAGCAGCUGCUGGAGAAAACGGAGCACCUCAUCAAAUGCUCAUUGUCAAAAAGACAGCGUUACUUGUAUGAUGACUUCAUAAGUCGACGGUCGACAAAGAAUAAUUUGAAAUCUGCAAACCUGAUGUCAGUGUUGAAUAUGCUGGUGCAACUCAGAAAAUACUGUGGUCACCCAAAUCUCUUUGAGCCAAGACCCGUCGUCGCUCCAUUCGUCGUUCCAAACUUCAAAUUGAUGGUCUUGACUACGUAUUCGAUAUUGCGCAUCAAAACUCUGAAUUUUCAGAGAUUCCAGACAUUUUCAAUCUCAACAAGCCAUUGUUCGACGAGUUGGAAGGAAUGCAUUCUUCAUGAGCAACAAGUUCCAGAAGUGGGUGAAUUCAGAUUCAACCUAACUACGUUUGUGAUGAAGAAUCCACAUCAUGCCAGAACUGGAGAAGAAUCAGAAGAUGAAGAUGUGGAGGGUAAUGGAGUCAAUGGAGUACAUCUCUCAAAUGGAUCAGCUUCAUUCGAGCCAAUGUGA